CCCACCCCCCCACCCUGCAGAUACCUGUGGUCAGCUUCAGCAGUGCGCCACUGGAGCUUAGUCCAAGGUUUGUGGAUGGUAUUGAGACAGAGAGCAGUGUGAACUCAUCCCAGAAGUUUGAGUUUAGCUCCAGGCUGGUACACAGUGGUCAACCAUCCCCAGGACUAGGGAUCCUGGAGCAGUCAGAUAUCAAGCAGAGUGUUUCUAAGCUGAGUGACGAGAUGAGCACUCUCUCCCAGCAAGUCUCUCAUCUCAGCCAGGAGCUAAACGAAAUGGCACGCCUGCUCCGGCCCCUCCUUGUGGCGCCUCAGCCAAUCCUGACAGCCAUGACGCCCAUCCUGACUCCACCCCCCAGCAGUGCCAACAAACCGUCCUCCAACACACCUCUGGUGGUCCCACCUCCAGCCCCGCCCUGCUCCCCGUCACCCCACCCCCAACGAACACAGUCCUGCUCGCUAUUGGACAUGGAUAGUGCUGACACGGGGAACGUGGGCUUGCCAAGUUGCCUCCUCCCAACCCCCCCUCCACAGAGGCCUCCAGCCCAGAACCAGUCUCCAAUCUCCCCAGAGAGAAGUUCUAAGGACUUACCCCACUCCAACCCCCCUUCCCCUGGGACAGGAGACAUGGGGGGGUCACCCCACCUCUCCAACCACACCACCUCCAGCAACAGUUUCCUUCCCUCUGCCCAGGACAGAUGUACCCUAGCCUCCGGCACCAUGUCCCCCUCCCUCUCUUUCUCCUUGUCCCUCUCCUCCUCCCCCUCCUGCUCUCCCUGCCAGGUUCCCCAUCACUCACGAUCCGGCAGCCACAGCAGGGGCCUGCUCCCACCGCCCCCCUCCCAGGACAACACGCCCCCGCCUUCCUCCCAUUGCUCCGCUCCCCAGUCACUCAGCUCCUCGCCUGGAGACCAUAAGCUGAAGUUGGUCUUCCCCUCUUCCUAUUCCACUCCCCUCAUCCCUCCCCUCCCCUCUCCUUACCCCUCGACCCUCUCCCUGGGCCCGUUCUCCCUGGACUCUCUGAGAGGGGAGACGCAGGGGGGCACCAGGCUGGAGGCAGGACACCUGGAGCUGGAGAUGCAGGAGAGGGGAGGAGAGAGGGGGGAGAGACGCUCCCAGAUGAUGGAGCACAUCAGCUACAUGGACGAGGAAGGGCCAGCUCUGUGACAGAGAGGUUACAUGCAAGAAGAAACAGCAGAGGAGACAGAAUGAAGAGAAGAGAGGAGAGUACAUAGCCCGCUCGUCCAGAAUGCAACAUUGAACCUGUGAGGCACACAGGCAGUCAGAGAUCAAAAUGACUAUAGGUGGAAACCAAUAGCACCACUGAAAAAUAGACCACCAGGACAGUAGCAAGACACCAGUUCUAACAGUACUCUGAUCAGGCACUCUGGUCAUGUUACAACACAUCCUCUGUCUAUGGACUUCAUGAUGUCAUAAGUGAAAUGUGCAUCCCUACUCCUCUCCUGGCCAAAUGUUCCCAACCAACCACCCCUUCAUGACAUCACAUACAGUAUAUAGGACUGGGAAUGUAAACUCUAGUUCAACCUCUGUUGUGUGGUUUCAAAAUUAUACUAACAUCUAUUGCUUGAAUACCAACCAUGGCUGAUUUCAAAUGAGUUCAUUUAACAUCAACUUCAUAUUUCUUCAGAGUUUCUCUGCUACUUGUUAUAUGGGGGUGAUUUGUUACAUACAUCUCCACAAAGUACAAACACACUUGCACUGUGGUCUUACAUUAUGUGACAUCCUAUAAGUGCCAAUCCAGCCGACACACACAAUCAGUUCUCUCCCUCCAACAAGUGGCCAUAUUCAACACAAGACAAUCAGUGAGCUUACAAAACACAUGGAACCCACCAAAACAUGAAGACAACACCGCAGUAGGUCUGGAGGUAGAAGGGAGGGAGCCGGUGUGCCACAGAGGCCAGGUUUAUGUUUAAGAAGCCAUGCAUACUGGUGGGUGAGUGGAAUAUGCAGUAGGUCUAUGAGUGAAAAGCAGACUGUACAGUGAAUGAGUUCCCACAUCAACUCCAGCUUUAGCCAUCCAGCCAUUCGUGCCUUCUCCUUGGAACACACACACUGCUGGUCGAACACAUCAUAUAGCACAUAUCAUCCACACCUGGUGAUUAGGUUGUGAUUUACAAGCCAUUGACCAUUACGAACACCUCACUUUUAUUUUGAAACUAAUUUAUUUUAUGUAGAAUGUGUGUUAAUAUAUUUUGUUGGAUUGGGGUGUUCUGGCCUUUUUUCGUCCAUCGCUAGUUCAACCAGAGACAUCUCAGCGUCAGUUUAACAGCGUCAUAUCAAAGCCCACACGCACCAACAAGCACACCAGUGGAGGCUGCUGAGGGGAGGAUGGCUCAUAAUAAUGGCUGGAAAGGCAUAAAUGUCAUCAAACACAUUU